CAAUCCAAAAAAUAUGGCAAAUAGUCUUAUAUUUAUAAAAUAUAGCCAUUUACUAGUGGCUUUUUUAUUCUGUCAGUAUGUUUUAUUAGUUUUUAGUGAASAAUUUGGUAAAUAUAGCAAUGUAUCGCGAGAAAUGAAGAAAACGCUGGCCAAGAAAGAAGGGUAUUUUACAAAUACAUGGGCAGUUGAGAUAGAUGAUCCCGGAGAGGAGCAUGUUCUUGACAUAGCAAAAAGGCACGGGUUUGCGAUCAUUGGCAAGAUUGGUAAUUUACAUGGACAUUACCACUUACGUCAUGAUGACGUAGAUGAAUUUAAUAAAGAUCAUGAUCGUGACAGGACAGAUCGACUAUUGCUAGAAGAUAAGGUUCGAUGGGCAGAGCAACAGAAGAUAUUACACAGAACAAAACGAGAUGGAUUACCUACRGAUCCUAAAUUCUCUGAAAUGUGGUAUUUGAUGAAUACAGGUCAAACCAAAGGUCCAGUUGGCGUAGAUAUCAAUGUUACUCCAGUAUGGAGACAAGGAAUAACGGGAAAAGGAGUAGUGUUAUCCGUUCUUGACGACGGUAUGGACUGGAGACAUCCAGAUUUAAAACCAAAUUAUUUAAAGCAGGCUAGUCAUGAUUUCAAUGACAAUGACGACGAUCCAGCGCCUCGCGACAUCGAUCCUGACAAUUGUCAUGGAACUCGCUGUGCAGGAGAAAUAGCAGCCGUUGCCAACAAUAGUAUAUGUGGAGUUGGUGUUGCAUACAAUUCAAAAAUAGGAGGCGUUCGUAUGUUAGAUGGCAAAGCAACGGAUGCACUAGAAGCCAGUUCCCUCGGCUGGGCAAAUCAGCUUAUAGAUGUUUACAGUAAUUGUUGGGGCCCAAAAGAUGAUGGGAAGACGUUCGGUAAACCAGGUCCUUUGGCUGCUAAAUCACUGAAGAAGGGAGCAGAGGAGGGCCGAGGUGGAAAGGGUAAUAUCUAUGUCUGGGCGACAGGAAAUGGUGGACUUACAGAUGACGAUUGUAACUGUGAUGGCUAUACUACGAGUAUCUAUACAGUGUCUAUUGGAUGUAUUGGAGAUCAUGGUCUGUCAGCUUAUUACACCGAAUUGUGUUCUUCGACUCUAGCAGUUACAUUCAACGGAGGUGCCCAUAGAGAAAGAGAAGAGAAUAAAAUGAUAACGACUGAUCUUAAAAACCAAUGUACAGAACAAUUCAAAGGGACGUCGUCUGCAGCGCCCCUGGCGGCUGGGAUGAUCGCCCUUAUGCUAGAAGUUAACCCCAAUCUGACAUGGAGGGAUGUACAACAUAUUGUUGUCCAUACUUCAAAGUUAACAAGCCCUGUUGAUGAUGGCUGGAGAACAAAUGGAGCAGGUUUCCAUUUCAACCACAAGUUCGGCUUUGGACGUUUGGAUGCUGAAGCAUUAGUGGAGAAGGCAAAGAUUUGGCAAAAUGUAAAACCACAGAGACAGUGUACCGGUGCUGCUGGAAUGCAAGAAAGGGAAAUUCCAGCAGGAGGAUUUCUUAACAUCGAUAUCCCAACCCAAGGUUGCCAAGGAACAGUUGCUGAAAUUACAAGACUUGAGCACGUUUCACUUACAGUCAGCUUCAUUCAUCGUCGACGUGGUGAUGUCAGCAUCUUGUUGACGUCACCRUCCGGGACAAAGAAUGAGAUGCUAUCAACACGUCGCUAUGACGACUCUAAGGAGGGUCUUGACAACUGGUCUUUCAUGACUGUACAUUGCUGGGGUGAAAAUCCUCGAGGUAUUUGGAGGCUAAAGAUUAUUGACAAUCCUUUGAAUGAGAUUGGGGAUAGAGUWGUAAAUGGAUUUGGUACUCUCCACCUGGACACCAGUAAGCAGGAUACCGACGUGGAAGACCUUGAAGAACAGGUCAUUGAUGACCAAACCAAACAACAAGCCGCAAAAAUACAGAGUAUCAAAACAAAUAAUCCACUAUAUGACUUUCCCUAUCCACCUGGRGUACGCCGAGAAAAUGUUGACCGUCCAAAGCCCAAAGAUGCUACUGAUGAAACAGAGGAAAGCAUUGUGGACGAUCUAUUAAACCUUACUGAAAGUGACUCKGCCAGUUUUACGGAAUAUAUUACAGAUAGAAGUCACAUUGCCAAGCCAAAAKAUCACAAAAUUGAUGAUUCUACUAAUAAUGGUAACACAGGAAUUAACGCAAAUCCUUUAUAUGGAAGUAAAAUUAAAGCUUCUAAUGACAACGGCGGAGUAUACUUGCUGCAAAAACCGCAUAGAAAAUCUAAAACAUCAAGAAAUGCAAGUGCAAGAAAGAAGAGCACCGUUUCUCGAAAGAACUUAAAAAGGAAAAACCUGAAGAAAGUUCAGGUUGCCAAGCAGGAGACUGGUACCCAGCGAGUACAGGUGAAUGCUGGGUACGAAAAUCCGGAAAUACCGUGUUUAGCACAAGGCUGCUCUGGUAUUAUGUUAAAGUGGGUUUUAAAUUUUUACGGUACAUUGGAUUAAUUUAGAGUUAACUUAUUAGUUAUGAUUCACAAUUAUAGUUCUUUUAUUUUUAUAUGUCCGAAAAAACACCCUCUGAAUCUUGGCAAGAUGUUAUUUAAGCCCCAUCAGUACCAAUAUGAGUCUUUGGUGCAGUCGAGAUUCUUCGUCAAUGGGGCGAACGUGUACAUAAGUGGGAUCGAACAGAGUCGUUAACUGUUAAAAAGAUUGUCGGAAAAACUGGUGAAUGCACCGCAUUUCUUCCAAUAUUCGUUAAGAUCAUACAAUAUGAAUAUACUUUUCUAACCAAACAAGCUACAUGUAUGAUGAUCGAAGAUCUUCAUUAUUCCUUGGAAACAACCAACUUGACUGCCAAUAUUCACCAACCAAAACUUGAUGAAUAUUGACAUCAAUAUAUAYAAAUAUAAUUAAAGUUCGGUUUUCCAUUAUCUACCUCUGCAACAACCCCCAAAUCCAUUUGGAAUAAAACAAUUUUGGAUCGAAAUGACCGAGUAUUUCAUUUUUAAAUUGCGAGUCCUUGCACCCACACAACCUGAUAUCUUUCACGCCAUCAAUGCGAGGGUUGUGGUCGUGGAAGGAUGAAACGUUAUAGAAGGGYUUCGGCCAUAAGAUGUAUCAGACAGGCUUGGCAAUUGAAGUAACACUUACCUCCAUCUUAUUAAUAAUACUAUUGAAUCAUACAAAUAAUCUAAGCCCAGAUCAAAGAAGAAGGUUGGAUAAUUCAGAACCAUCAGACCUUUGAACACCUUGUUUGGUGGUGUUGGACGCUGCUAGUUGAAGUUUGAAAGGUUUUAGGCUUUUUUGUCUUGUCUUUCUGAGGCUUAUAAACAAAGUGCAACGGGGGAGCAUGCUGCUAAGCACUUCUAUGAGAAAAAAAUUAAUCUGGAUUUCUAUCGCCUGAUCUAAAAGCAUUUGAAAUCACGUAAGAGGACAUUCAGCUUUUUUAAGUAAAAAAUAGUAAUAGAUUUAUCAAUAUUGCCAUGCUCGCUUUUUUUGAAGUAUUUCAACAAAAAAAGCUAAAAUAUGCAAUGAAGAAAGUCUUACCCAUUUCCUGGAAUAGGUUGCRUUGUAUUUUCAAUGUCUAUAACUCAGAAAAUUCAAUGUAAAAUUAAUUAUUUUUCUUUGAAGAAGUGCUUACCAACAUGACUACUUUUCAUUGAUUCAAGUUUAUUCUCAGAAAAAUGACAAAGGUUGCAAGAGGGUAAAUCCUCUACUGAGUAUACAUAUUAUAUGGGAAUGAGAGAAUUCUGUUCAUUAAUAUGAUAUCACAAGUAAUGAGAUUUUUUAAUAUAUAUGAUAUACAUACAAUUAAAAAUAUCACACAAUUUAUCAAAUGAUAUAUGACUUGCUGUAGUGUACAUUUCGAGAAGCUUUCUUUCUCAUUGUGUAGUUGUAAAACAAAUCAAUAAGGCGGUUUCGGGUUAUUAGUACUGUUUAUUACUCUAUAAUUAUGAAUUAGAUUCUAAAAGAUGUAACAUUUUUUUACUCAAGCUAUAAAAAUAAUUAUCUAAUUAUAUUACUAUUAAUGUCUAAAACUCACAAUAACUCAUAAUGUUUAUAAGAUUGAAGUGCCCAAAUAUGUUUUUGAAUAUCUUGCAAAAAGUUUCCUAAAAAAUACAUCAUUACAAUAAGAUUUGAUUUGGAGUACAGGAAUUUAAGACCCAGUUACUUAGUUAUAUGACAAUGCCAUAAUUCAUCACUCCAAAAUUUGAUGGAUGUAAAAGUAAACAAAAUAUGACCUUAUAAUUUCUUUAUGAAACAUAUCGAUUUUCUGAUAUACACCGAACUGAAAACUGUAUUGUAAGAAAGACUGGCAAAAAUUCCAUAUAUGUCCGUAAUCCACAAGCAUGUAUUGUAGAUGYAGGCAGAUCGGUCUGUGACCAUGUUGUGUUUAUAAUAAAACUUUUACGCAGAAA